AUGGCGGGCUACGAUUAUUACAAAACGCCUCUGGAUUCCCGCUAUUCUAGCGAGGAAAUGAAGAAGUUGUUUAGCCAGAGAAGCAGACAUAGCACUUGGCGCCAACUUUGGUUAUGGCUUGCCGAAGCCGAGAAGGAACUCGGCCUCGAGUCUAUCACGGACGAAGCGCUCGAGCAGAUGCGAUCUCACCUUACCGUGACAGAUGAUGACUUCAACCUCGCUAUAGAAGAGGAACGUCGUCGCCGACACGAUGUUAUGGGCCACGUUCAUGCAUAUGGCAUUGUGGCGCCGGCUGCAGCUGGUAUUAUCCACGCUGGGGCUACUUCGUGUUAUGUUACGGAUAACACUGAAUUAAUCCUUAUGCGCGAUGCGAUAGAUCUUAUUCUGCCUAAGCUCGCCAAGGUCAUUAGGAAGUGGCGAGAGGAGCCAACUCUGGGCUACACGCAUUACCAGCCCGCCCAAAUGAUUACAGUCGGCAAGCGGGCUGCGGAAUGGACCCAAGAACUAGCCAUGGAUCUUGAAGAUAUCGAACAUGUCCGCCAAGAACUUCGAUUUCGGGGAGGUCAAGGAACAACGGGUACCCAAGCGUCAUUCCUUGAGCUCUUUAACGGCGACGAAGCCAAGGUCGACCGACUGAAUGCUCUUCUCUGCGAGAAAUCUGGAUUCCCCAGCACAUAUACAAGAAAGGUUGAUCUUCGCAUCUCCAAUGCUAUCGCGGGCCUGGGUGCUACUGCACAACGUAUCACAUCUGACAUCCGUCAUCUUGCCAAUCUAAAGGAAUUGGAAGAGCCAUUUGAGAAGGACCAAAUCGGAAGCUCUGCCAUGGCAUAUAAGAGAAACCCUAUGCGUUCCGAACGUAUCUGCUCGCUCGGUCGUAAACUUGCGAGCCUUCCAGUCAACUUCUCCAAUACAUUUUCGGCACAGUGGCUCGAAAGAUCCCUAGAUGAUAGCGCUAUUCGUCGCAUAGACAUCCCUGAAAUGUUCCUAUUAGCUGACGCUAUACUAAUCGGCCUUGACAACGUGACCAAUGGUUUGGUUGUCUACCCGAAGCGAAUAGAUGCGCGGAAUAAACAGGAGCUUCCCUUUUUUCUAAAGGAGGUUCCCGACAAGAAGCGCACGAGAAAGUCAGAGUUCUUUCUCACGAAGCUAGUCAUGUUGUUAAGCAUGAGGGGUGGCAAUAAUGACCUUAUCGAGCGUAUGAAGAAAGACGAGUACUUCAAAGAUAUCUGGGACGACAUUGACGCAAUGCUGGACCCUAAGCUUUACAUUGGUCGAAGUACCACAAUAGUUGAUAGGUAUUGUGGCAAAGGUGGAGAAAUUGAGAAGAAGCUGGAGCCAUAUAAGGAGUUCAUUGCAAAGGCCGAGACUUCGCAACUCAACCUCUAA